AUGUCUGACCGGAUAUUUUAUACACAGUCCAACUUGUCUUCCGUGUCAUGGGGGAGCAGUGCGGCAGCAGCGGUGCCUCCCGCGUCUCCUACACCUGCAUACUACCAUGUCCUCUACCAAGGAUGUGCAGAAACCCAGGUGGGCUGGCAUGGGGAGACAUACUGCCUGGUUGGUGGCUAUCGGCUCUAUGGGGACGCUCCCUUGGCCACUCCAGCCAAGGACAAAAUAGAGAGGCCAGCAGAGAAAGGGGCUCCCAAGAAACGCCGAGCACCAUCAGAGGCAGAAAAAGCGUUGGGUUGCCCUGGCCCGAAAAUUGGAGGCUCCAAGCACACUGAAAAGAGACAAAGGCCACGGAAGCUUGCUGGCUGA